AUGACAAGCUCCUUCACUCGAAUGCUGUCCAGCCGCAGCAGAGUGGCGGUGCUGGCUAGCCUUGGUGCUGGGACCUUAGUGACAGGUUACCUGCUGAGUGACACUGGCAGGGCCGUGUUUUCAGAAAGAAGGAAGAUGUUUCCACCAAGUGCCGACUUUCCGGAUGUUCGCAAGCACAAUAAUUGCAUGGCAAGUGCCCUGACUCCAGCUAUCUAUGCACGUCUAAGAGACAAGGUCACCCCUAACAACUGGACCUUAGACCAGUGCAUCCAGACAGGGGUGGACAACCCUGGGCACCCUUUCAUCAGGACUGUUGGCAUGGUGGCUGGAGAUGAAGAGAGCUAUGAGGUAUUUUCUGAGCUCUUUUAUCCAGUCAUUAAGGACAGACACAAUGGCUAUGAUCCAAGAACUAUGACACACCCUACAGAUUUGGAUGCUUCAAAGAUCACCUCAGGGAUGUUCGAUGAGAACUACGUCCUGUCCUCCCGUGUCCGUACAGGCCGGAGCAUCCGAGGCCUUAGCUUACCGCCAGCCUGUAGCCGCUCAGAACGGCGUGAGGUAGAGCGUGUCGUCGUACAGGCCCUGUCUGACCUGAAGGGUGACCUGACCGGCCACUAUUACAGCCUGGGAGAAAUGACAGAGGAAGAGCAGCAGAGACUCAUUGAUGAGCAUUUCCUCUUCGAUAAGCCAGUGUCUCCUCUGCUAACUGCAGCUGGGAUGGCCAGAGACUGGCCCGAUGCUCGAGGAAUUUGGCAUAAUAAUGAGAAGACUUUCCUGAUAUGGAUCAAUGAAGAAGACCACACCCGCAUUAUAUCAAUGGAAAAGGGUGGUAACAUGAAGAGAGUGUUUGAAAGAUUUUGCUGCGGACUCAAAGAGGUAGAGCGGCUGAUUAUGGAGCGUGGCUGGGAGUUUAUGUGGAAUGAACAUCUUGUCUACAUCCUAACUUGCCCUUCCAAUCUGGGCACUGGGCUCAGGGCAGGGGUGCACGUCCGUCUGCCUCUCCUUAGCAAGGACCCUCAUUUCAGGAAGAUCCUGGAGAGUCUGAGGCUGCAGAAACGAGGCACUGGGGGUGUGGACACUGCUUCAGUGGGUGAUGUCUUUGACAUCUCAAACAACGACCGCUUAGGCAAAUCUGAGGUGGAGCUUGUUUAG